AUGCCAGCCCUCCACCAAUUGGCUCGAGCAGCCCACAGCAUCCCUGUCAGCUUCCUGGCGAGACGGGACGGCGACGAUGACGACGAUGGUGGAGACGGCAUGGAUGACAUCCUCUCCGGCGGCGCCAUAGCCGCCAUAGUGGUCAUCGUCCUGGCCGUUUUCUCCCUAGCCGCGUGCUGGUGCCUCUGCUGCCGCAGGCGCAAGCGCAAGGGGAACAACAGCGACGGCAAGCAGGACAGCCAGAGCCAGGAGGACAAGUACAAGGAGAAGGCCAUCAAGAAGCUCAUGAAGCAGAUCAAGAAGAGGAUCAAGAAGAUGUUCAAAAAGGACAAGAAGAAGGAUAAGAAGAACAACAAGGAUGAGGAGCACGCCGACCUCAACGCCCCGCCGGCGUACGGCCAGGGCACCCACCCGGCCUAUGGGGAGGGCGAGCGCAGUUUGGGAUAUGAUGGGGGAUAUUACAACAGGCUUGAUGGGGAGCAUGAAGAGCGGGUGGAGCUGUCUACGCCCUAUGUGUCCAAGUACGGCAACUAG